CUUACAUUUUGUUUUCCUUAUAUAGUUAAACUGGUCUCUGCGAAGUUAAAAUAAGACACUGAGAGAUCCUCUAGUGUCAUAAUUCUAUUGCUGGUGUUUGGUUUUUUUUUGUUUUGUUUUUUUUUUUGUUUUUCUGCAUUUGGUUCUCUAUCUGUUUACAAACGAGAGAAGAGAUAGGGAGAAAAAUCGAUUUUUCAUAAGUUGAUUCACAACCCAUCGAUUUCCAGUUAAAAAUGAUCUCUUAAAAUUCUGGGUAUUAAUCUAUUGAUUUCGGAGGAGAAGACGACGAAGAGAACAAUGGUAAGAGGGAUCGUGGGGCAUAUGAGCAAGGAGAGAAGGAGGGAUAAGGUGAUACAUCUCUCGUAUCUCAGAUCAUGGCGGACGAAAUCAGAUACUGGAGCGAAGAUUCCAUCAGUCGGUCUCGGAACGUGGCAGGCCGAUCCUGGUCUCAUCGGAAACGCUGUCGAAGCUGCUGUAAAGAUCGGUUAUCGCCAAAUUGAUUGUGCUUUAAUCUCUAUGGCAACGAAAAAGAGGCUUGGCUUGUGGAUGUUCGAUCUUGCGGUAAUCCAACAAAUGCAGGAUCUUGUCCCGGAACCAGACCGUUGUGUGGUUGGAGGUGUACAACCCUGGCGAAGGCAUUGAUGUUGGUGACUUCAAAGGCUUACAAGGCCAAAACGAUGCACAAGGAUCACCUGAUUCACCUACAAGUUGCAGUGUUCCCUCUACUAGUGCCAGCCCUGGCGAAGGCAUUGCCGACACUCCCACUACUAGUCCACAGUCAGAGGUAAGCCUGACUGAUGAGUUCUUUUUUUCCCUUAAGAGUUAACUAUACUACAAGUUGUUGUUUGCAUUUUCUGCUUUCUCAGCCGGAAUGUUGUUGCUAUGGAUGUUCUUAUUUGAUCUUCUUUUAAAGUAAUAAUUUUUUUUUUACUAUAUGUAUUCUACUAUACUUACAGUUUCUAGUUUUAUU